AGUUGAAACAUUUUAUAGAGAACACCAAAAGUGUGAGACAAUCAUUUAGUGGGAUAAAUGUUAAUUUGUUUAGGAAUGUAUUCCUAGACGUUGAAAGCAUUUUAAUCUUAUGGACUCAAGGAUAAACUUGGAAAGUUAACUAAUGAAUUUUGAAAAUAAUUACAUAAAAUAAGUGAAUUUAAUUUCAUUAAUAAUAACAAUUAAUAACUAAUUUGAUAAAUUAAUAUUAUAAUAUCUGGAUUAUAAUUUUCAUUGACGUGCGUAUACCAACUACUGCCGUGUAUGUCGGUCCAUUGUUUUAAAGGAUGGUGAAGAUACAUACAUAUGAUGAGGAGAAAGUACAUUUUCAAAACUACGAUGAUUACGUCUCCAAGAUACAGCCGUGCCAUAUGACCUCAAUGGCAUCCCUUAUCAAAUAUUUUGAAGAACCAGUUAUCAAAGACGAAAAUCGUGAAUUAUUCCUCGCUCGUGCUUUCUUUGUAUGGAUAGCUAAUGUGAAAGCCAAUGAUGAAGUAGAAGAUUUACCAGAAGAAAUAAGUUCCAUUUUUUCACACGGGGUUAUAGAAGCAUUUGCUUUGCUAUGCGAAUCGGGCAAUAUUCAGUAUCAACUCGUGGAGGGUAUUACAAAAAAUAUGCAUUAUUUACCUGGUCAUACAGAAGAUGACACAGGUAUACUUCGCACACGUUGGACCAUAUUCAGGUCAAACGAACGCUGGCACAUUGUAGAUAUUUGUAGAGGAAUCUUUACCACUAAAGGAUACUCAAGAGGAGGUGAAAUACUGUUAGAAAAUAAAGGAGAAACAGUAUUCGAAGAGCGAGAGGGUUCAGAAGGAGUAUGUGAAAUUCACGUCAACGACUUAUGGUUUUGUCUAGACCCAAGUAUAUUUAUCAUCUAUUCUCUUCCUGAUGAUCCCGAAUGGCAACUUCUUCCACCCGAGAAGCACAUAAGUAAGGAAGAAUUCCUUGCAUUACCACACUUUACACAGACAUAUUUCAUUGCUAAUCUUCAGUUGUUAAGUGAAUAUACUGGAUUACUGCAUUCUAAAAAUGGCAAAUGUACUAUUUCGUUUGGCGCAAACAAAGCUGAUUCACGAAACAUAUCAAUGUUGUACCACCUUUCUCUGAAGAAAGAUACAGUUAACUUGGAAGAGAUUAAUGCAGAUGAUUUACCUUUGUUGGUUGUUUAUGCUCCCGGCAUUGACACGUUUUCCUUUAAUAUACGUUUUCCUGUGGCAGCAGAAUAUAUUUUUGAAACUUUCGUUUCAUCUCCUGAUGCAGAAGAAUUGUAUUUUUUGUUCGCUACCUUUAAGAUCAUCUGCUUGGAACCCGAUCCAAAUUGCAAAAAAAUCCCAUUUGACGCAGGCUGUACUGGUUAUGGUUUCGGAUACACGGCUGUCGAAUAUGGUCUGAAAAAUCCAUCCACGUAUUUGCCAAACGUUCCUGUUGCAUGCACCCAGAGUGAUUUUGAUACACCUGAGUUGCUGACAUUUCAAAUAGACACUGACAAGGUUGAAGAAAUAGAAUUUCUCUCUAAGAUUGUUGGAGGAGAAAAUGAUGAAAACGCUGUCACAAAAACACGUGUAGACGAGGUUCAUGGCAAGCUUUAUGUGUCAGCUGGAAUACAAAAAGAAGGGGAAUAUGCCUUGUCAAUUUUAGCUAAAGACAAGCAAACAGGCGGAAACGCUAAAGAAAUAAUUAACUAUCUACUUUCAACAAACCUUACAGAAGAAGAAAAAGAAAUAGGACUGAAGAUUAAGAAAAGAAAAAAGGAAUUGUCACUUCAACUGAAAUUGCAAGAAUGUCAUCAAAAGAAAAAUGCCCUUGCUGCAAGGAUAAAGGACAUUGAAGCAGAGAUAGAAACAUUGAAAAAGUUAUCAGAUAAAAACAGCACAAAAGAACAUGACAAUAACGCUUUCGAAAGUACAGAUGAACAGACAUGUAUCAAAUCAUCUGUAUCUGAUGACGAAAACAAUGGCAAUAUACUAGAUACAGUCGAACAAACAAAUGAAAAAACAAAUUCAUCUAUUUCUUGGGCGGCUGUGAAAGAUAACCUUGCACAAGCCACCGACAAUGAAAACAUGGUCAAAAGAACAGAUGGAAAUACAAAUAUCAUAUCAUCAGUACCCGAGACUUUUGAGGAAGUAGUAGAUGACGAGAAUUUUGAUGAUGUACAAGAUACAACAGUCGAACAGACAAAUGAAAAUACUAGCAUUAAAUCAUCUGUUUCUGAAGAGACUGUAAAUGAUAACAUUGAAAUAACAGACGCUGCAGCCGACGAAAAAAGCAUGGAAGAACUCAAUAAAAAGGAAAGGACAAUCGGAAAUAUAAAUAUCAAAUCAUCCAACACUUUUGAAGAAGAUGAUGAAAACAAUGACAAUCUAGCAGAUACAACAGCCGAACAGGCAAAUGAAAAUACAAACAUAAAUUCAUUUGUUCCUGGGGCAACUAUGAAGCAUAUCAUUGCAAUAUCCGCAGACGAUGAAAACAGCAUGGAAGAACUCAGCGAUAACACAGCCGAAAGAACAGAUGGAAAUACGAAUAUCAAAACAUAUGAGACUUUUGAGGAAGAUGAUGAGAACAGUGACAAUCUACCAGAUACAACAGUCGAACAGACAAAUGAAAAUACAAAUUCAUCUGUUCCAGAGGAGGCUAUGAAAGAUAACAUAGCAAUAUCCGCCGCCGAUGAAAAUACCAGUGAAGAAGUCAGCGAUAGUAUGGUCGAAAGAACAGCUGGAAAUAUAAAUAUCAACUCAUCUGAGACGAUUGAGAACGGUACACGUAGUUACAUUACAAUAUCAACAUUGCCAAAUACAAUAAUGAUUUUAAGAAUUCUUAUCUUACCCACGUUGCAACUUCAUAUGUUUUAGAUGUUUAUUUUUCUUUGAUUAUUAGUUUAUCUGUUUCUAGUAUACCAGCGAAUAUUCAAAAGCUGGUCGAGUAAUAAAAUUCACAUGGUGUUCUGUAGGAAACAUGGAGAUAGAUAUUAUUGGUGUUAAAUUUUAAAGGGAUUGUCAAAAAUGGUAUUUUACUUAAUGACGUACUUUACAUCAGAUCAAAUGAAUAAACUAAUUGUUUCAAUUAUGUUACUUUUAUGUAGUUCUUUUUUAUUUAAAGAUAACGUGAAAAAUGACAAUCUACCAGAAACAAUUGUCAAACAGACAAAUGACAAUACAAACAGUAAAUCAUCUUUUCCUGAGAUGACUGUGAAAGAUGACAUUGCAAUGUCCACCUGUAAACCGGCAUUUACAUCUACUUUUUUGUUAACAAAUAUAUAGCAUUAUGCUUGUUUCAAACACGGUAACAGUUAUACACAACAUUCAACACAAUUGUGCUUAAACAAACUUAUGAAUCUGGUUGUGCCGAUAAGUCCAACAUUAAGACAUCUAAUCAUCUGUUUCAAAAGUCGUUGACAGAGGAAAUAUAUUGCCAUAUCAUUUGUAGUUAAUGAUAUUUAACCUCAUCUAACAUACAAUAUCAAAUUACACAUGCUAUAAAAAGCGUUUAACUUUAAUGCCUUAACCUCUAAUCUACAGCCAAAGAAAAUAUCAGUGAAGAACUCAACGAUAACACGGUCGAAAGAACAGAUGGAAAUAUCACAUCAUCUAAGGCGAUUGGGGAAGAUGAUGAAGAAAAUGAUAAAAUAUCAGAUACAACAGUCGAACAGACAAAUGAAAAUACAAACAUUAACUCAUUUGUAUCUAAGGCAACUUUAGAAGAUACCCUUGAAAUAUCAGCCG